AUGGAGACGUAUUUGCCGUUUGUUGAUGAUGCUGCUGUGGACCAGGCGUUCGAGGCGUGGGUAGAUGAGCUUGUGGAGGAAGAGUGCGGGGCGAUGCCCUCGGAAGGGUACCAUCCGGAGGUGCCCAGGGUAAUGGCUGCCAAGGGUAGAGACGCUGAGAGCGGCGGGAUAGACCUCGCGAGAUAUAACGAUGCUGGUGACGUGCGGCUGCUGAAGAUUGUGGACUCGUACCUGCGGCACGCAGAGAUUACGCUGCGCGAGCUGAUAUCGAAGACCAUUGUGAAUCAGUGGGUCAUCUCGAAUGACUGCCAGCAGAGUGCCAGCGGAGUGAUGCAGGCAGGCAUCGAUAAGUUGCAAGGGCAGCUCGACGCGCUGGAGAAGUACAGGCGGGACGUACAAGUGCGGUACAGGCGCACUCACCCAGACACAGUGGAUGCGAGCUGCAUGCGUCUGCGGGACAUGUAUAUAUAG